CCCGAUGUCGUAUCUGCGAUUAAUUCUAUAACUGCUGAUAAUAUAUUCGACUACUAUCAGCAGGAAAUGCCAAAUAACCAACUUUCGCAAGUAUAUCAAGUGAUAAUCCAAGAUUUGGAGGAAGUACUCGAAUCAAAUUUCUUUAAAGAAGAUACGACGCGUGUUCUGAAGGACAUUAGAGACACUUGGGUUGACUGCGGUCGCUCAUAUGACCCUGAUCGGUGGCAAACUUGGGGACUGCGGUCGCUCAAGUUUGGAAUUACCAACGCGGAAGUUGAUAAGUGGGCUGAAGAAUCGGUAAACGUUGGUAAAGAAAAGAUAGAACCUUCAGUCCGCAGAUCGCCUCGACCAAUGAAACGCGUUAACUACGCUGAAGAUAAUUCAGACGAAGAGAGGAAGAUGAGGAGAGUAAAUAGUACUGCUCAUUCGCAAUCGACGGAAUCUCCACAACCUAGAACCCCACCGCAAGCUCCUCGGGUUUUAACUCCAUUGAAAACAACUCCGAAUAAGCGACCGCGGAAUAAAGAGGAAAUUCAGCGAUAUUCCGAAGAUAUCUCUGUUAUAUGUGCUUUUGAUAAAUCUGUUUCGGAGUUGACCUUAGAAAUCGGCGAGGAGCUUGCCAUUGAGCUAUCAUCUAUUCGUGACAUCAAUCCUGCUGUGUGGUCGGAUGCUCUGGAAAAAUACGUUGAUACUUCUCUUAAAGAAACUGGAAAAAAAUUCAAAACUGCAAUUCAGGCAACUCGGUAUUCAGAUGGACAAGAAGUUUGGCAUAUGGAAGUGGCCGGUGGACCGUGCAAAACAACAGACUUACAUACCCUUGGUGAUACGAAAAAAACUAUGCGAAUGGAUGUUUUGAAUUUAAUUGGAAUUUUACGAAAUCACUUUGAUUGUGACAUAAAACUCGCCACUAAAAUCAAAGAUGAGAUAACAAAACAAGAAGAACUAAUGGGCGAGAUUGAACGAUCUGUACUUCGAUCUAAAGGAACAACAGUUCGUCAUGUAUUAAAGAUUCCCGAUGAAUUGUUUAAGUGA